AUGCCACGACAGCGUUGGGAGACCGACGCAGGUUUUCUCAGGCCUACGAGUGACACGUUUCCACCCUUGGCGUUCAUUCCUGCAUACGUUGCGCUCAGCGCGUUCAACGAUCAGUUGUGCCUCAAUCCCCGCGACAAGCUGUAUGGUCUGCUGGGGGUCAUCGAGGCAGACAUACGCGCUUCAAUCCUACCAGAAUACACUUUACCCACGACCGAGACGUACAGAUCCGCGUUCAAAGCGUGUAUCAAAUCUCUACAGACGCAUUACCACAGCAGGAUUGGAACGCACGAAAUCAAAGCUUUUGGUCUAAUAGCCGCCAGACUCCAUUUAGCCUUUGGUCCCGACGAGAAAGAUAUUAGCAGCAUACGCAAAGAAACUGUCACAGAUGAGAGGCUACUAAGAUGGGUAGAGCAAAGACCACUAGGAGCUGCAUGCCCCAGCAACGGCGAGUGUCCUCUUCCGGCGAUGGCUCACGAGUGUGCUGUCCACCGCCAAGGGCUCGAGGAGUUCCGGGCGAUGUGGACAGAGAUUCUGGGGGCCUGCGAAUCUUCCAAAGCACUUGAGGAUAGACUAGAGCUUGUCCCGGAUUUCCCCGAGCCUGAGUUUGACAGCGCCGACCUCCCCUUCCGCUACAGGCAUAACGAGCGCGACACACGAUUUGCAUACGGGGUCUACAAACACAAGCUCGCAACCUCUGGUUUUCUACGUGAGACGGAGCUACUUGGGCUGCGGAAUGAUCACUUGCUAACAAGUCAUGACAUAUGCUUCUGCCUGACUUUCACGACCGUGAUCUGCGAAUGGGCAGAUGAGUCUCCAAUACUCGGCCGGGCACAAGGUCCUUACGGAAGCUACUAUGUUGACUUGGCCAGUGACUCUAAACCUUGUUUAAAAGUGCAUGAUGCUUUACCACAUCCCCACGAAGCAUCCUGCGAUAAUUGUCGAAAGAGGAUUGUUGCAGUCCGCUGGCGCUGCAUCGACUGCGCAGACUUCGACCUCUGUCAUCAAUGCUACAAAUCUUCAGCUGCUUCACACCCUGACACUCACAGUUUGGAGCCAAUAUACCAUGCAGCUUCCAUCACAGAUGGCUCUGUCGGACUCGCUGAGCAACUUAUGCUGCAUUUCCGCAGAAUCGCAUACCGACCGACGCAAGAGCUGAUUGAUCCUCUGUUGUCCGACCCGGACCAAGCAGCAGCCGUUACGGGCCCACAGCAACUAGUAGGCGGUCUCAUGUUCCCUGGGUGUCCACGCAAAGAAGUCGACCCGCCGUACUGGACCGGCAAUUUGAACUCUACCCAAGCCACUGCUGCGCCAGGCGUGCCGCAUGUGCGCUGCAUGGGUUUGCGAUUGAAGCAAACAGAUCCUCUCGAUGCGCCGCCGAACCCGAUCCCGGCUGGAUACAGAUAUUACGGCCAAUCACUAGUCGAGGUGCUAGCAGCAUUCCGAGACCAAGUCUUGGCGGAGUUCGGGAAGGACACGCUGCUUAUGCCUCUGACCAGCUCGUGGCCGGUCAUGCACCGCGUGCCGACUGAAACAGCGUUACUAAAAGCGCAGUUUCCACCGCCAUAUGACAGUGGCACUCAUAUCGCUGACCAGAAAGCGAUCCAUAAUAUACGUGGAACGUCGGGCACUGGCGUUUCUGGUCGUUUUCUGGACUUGGUCUUUCCGCUUUCGAUGGCCGAAAACGAUAAGCCGUUGCCACCUGUGCUCUUCUUGGUGACAGCGACGGCGGAGCAGCUCGAUGGAUUCGGACGAGGGACCAACGAACCUAAUUCGGCGACUAAGCUGGCGGCUGUCGAGGAAAGGUGGACUACUCUUGAUGCAGGGUUUUUCUGUCUUGGUCGAGGUGUAAACGACGUGCUGAUGCUCGAAAACACAUAUGCUUCACUAGACGCCACCACGAGGAACCGCGCUUAA